AUGGAUCCAACAUGUAAUCAUUGUGGUCGAAAGGUGAUCAGCUAUCCAAAAAAAUUAUGUAGAUCUAAUUCACUUUCUAGACAACCAUCUUUAUCAUGUGGGAACGAUUAUAUCGACACGUUUAUUCAAAAUACAGUGGAGAGAAAACAACAUUGUGACGAUUUUAUUGAGUGGAUACCUUUUUCGGAUAUUAAUAUAGAUAAGACUCCAAUUGCAAAAGGGCUUAAUUCAGAAGUAUUUAUUGGUAAAUGGGAACCAUUAAAACAAAGUGAAGUUGUUGAUCAUAAGGAAUCAACGAAUGUUGAUAUUGUCCUUAAAGUUUUGAGGGAAUCUAAAAAUUUUAGACCAGAAUUUCUUAAUGAAUUCGUUAUACACUAUAAAUGUUUGGGAAAAUGUGCUAUACCCUUCUAUGGUUUAACGGAGCAUAUGCGAGGGUAUGCGAUGGUAUUGAAGCACGCGUUUCACGGUGAUCUUAGGAGAUAUAUUGAUCAACCUAAUCUCGCAUGUAUAAAUAAAAUAGAGAUCCUUUUUAAUAUCGCAAAAUCUUUAAAUGCACUUCAUGAAUUAAAUAUAGUUCAUCGAGACUUUCAUUGCGGAAAUAUCCUCAUUGACAAUGAUAUGAAAGUAUUUAUUAGUGACUUUGAGUUUUCAAGUUUCGCAGACUCACCAUCAAAUUUGGCUAAGAAGAUCGCUCUCGGUGGACUUCGUCCAGAUAUUGUAGACGGGACUCCAGAAACCUAUAAAAUGAUAAUGGAAAAAUGUUGGGAUUCAGAACCAUCAGAAAGGCCAAAUUCGUCACAAUUGAUAGAAUGGAUAGAAAAUAUGAUUAAGGAUAUAAAACAGCUUCCCGGUAUUAUUACUUUGAGUUCUGUACCGCAAAUAGAUUUAUUUGAAAAAGCCCUUAGAUUUAAGAAAGAUAAAGAACCUGAUGAUCAUGAGAAAGCAGAAGCACUCAUAGUCGUUGAAGAAUCAGCCUCACUUGAGAAAUGCAAUGAAAUCGUCGCAGAUCAAAAAAAUGAUGGUUGUAUUGAAUUAAGUGAUACAGUUUGUGAUGAGCUGGAUGCACCUAAGGAAGAAAUUAUUACAACAAUUCAACCGAAGCUUACAAAUAAGAAGCUUCAAUUACUCAAUCUACCAUCAAUUCUUGCAACUGCAAUUAACCUUUCGUACCUUAAGAAAGCUGCACCUAAACAUGAAGGUGUAUGGAAAGUUAAACAUGAUAAAGCGCGUAAAUAUCUCUCAGACCAAAUAGGAGAUGAAGAUGCCGAAAAAGAACUUUUAGACUGCACGGACGAUUAUGUAGUUGAUAAUUGUAUUAAGAAGGUGAUUAAAGAUAAAAAGAGAAACGCAGUCAUUACGGUGCAGGAGUCUACCACACCAGAGAAGUGCGAUGACAUAGUGUCUAAUCAAAAUGAUAACGGAUCUUUUGAAGUUAGCGAAACAAUUUGUAAAGACAUAAACGUUCCAGUUACCAAUGUAGUUACUGAAGUGAAAAAAUGUGCACAAAUUCCAAAACUUAGAUCUCCAAAAUCAGAACCAUGGUGGAAAACAGCACUUACUAUUAGCUAUCUUAAUAUCACCUCACCACAUCAUAAAAAACAAUGGGAAGAUAAACAUGAUAAAGCUCGUAAAUACCUUUCUGAUCAAAUUAGAGAUGCUGAUGCUGAAAAAGAAUUGUUAGAUUGCACUGAUAAAUAUAUCAUUGAUAACAUUGCUAAAAAGAUUGAAAAAGAUCAUAAGAAAAAAGCUGCAAUUGCUGUUGUUCAAGAUGAAGCUUCUCCUGAUAAACAUAAAGAAAUUGUAUCUAAACAAAAAGACGAUGGCAGCAUUGAAAUUGAUGAUUUAAUAUGUAAGGAAUUGCAUGCUCCCAAAAAAGAAAUUAUUGAUAAAAUUAAAGAGAACAUUACUAAUCCGAAACUAAAAUUACCCGAGUUUUCAUCAAGUCUUGCAACCGCUAUUAACCUUUCAUAUCUGACUAAUGCUGCAUCUAAAUACAAAGGUGAAUGGAUAGACAAAUAUAAUAAUGCUCGUAACUAUCUUUCUAAAAAAAUUGGAGAUGUUGAUGCAGAAAAAGAAUUAUUGGAUUGUACUGAUGAGUAUGUAGUUGAUAAAGUUACAAAUAAAGUGAUUGAGGAACAAAAAAAGAAAGUAAUCGCCAUGAAGAAAGAUGAAAUAUCGAAAGAAGAAAACCCUAAAGCUAAGGCUAAAAAUUUUUUCGGCUCUCUUUAUGAAGGAGCUGUUAAACUUGACGAUCAAAUUGAAAAAGCCCUUGGGUUUAAUAAAGAUAAACUUGAUGAUCAUGAGAAAGCAGAAGCACUCAUAAUCGUUGAGGAAUCUGCCUUACCUGAGAAAUGCAAAGAAAUCGUCGCAGAUCAAAAAGAUGAUGGUUGUAUUGAAUUAAGUGACACAGUUUGUGAUGAAUUGGAUACACUUAAGGAAGAAAUUAUUACAACAAUUCAACCAAAGCUUACAAAUAAGAAGCUUCAAUUACCCAAUCUUCCAUCAAUUCUUGCAACUGCUAUUAACCUUUCAUACCUUAAAAAAGCUGCACUUAAACAUGAAGGUGUAUGGAAAGAUAAACAUGAUAAAGCGCGUAAAUAUCUCUCAGACCAAAUAGGAGAUGAAGAUGCCGAAAAAGAACUUUUAGACUGCACGGACGAUUAUGUAGUUGAUAAUUGUAUUAAGAAGGUGAUUAAAGAUAAAAAGAGAAACGCAGUCAUUACAUUGCAAGAGUCUACCACACCAGAAAAAUGCGAUGACAUAGUGUCUAAUCAAAAGAAUGAUGGAUCUUUUGAAGUUAAUGAGACAAUUUGUAAAGAGAUAGACGUUCCAGCUACCGAUGUAGUAAAUGAAGUGACAGAAUGUACACAAAAUCCAAAACUUAGAUCUCCAAAAUCAGAACCAUGGUGGAAAACAGCACUUGCUAUUAGCUUCCUUAAUGUCGCUGCACCACAUUAUAAAAAUCAAUGGGAAGAUAAAUCUAAGAAAGCUCAUGAAUAUCUCACUAAAGAGAUUAAAGAUUCUGAUACUGAAAAAGAGUUAUUAGAUUGCACAGAUCAAUAUCUCGUUGAUAACAUUGCUAAAAAGGUUGAAAAAGAUCAUAAGAAAGCAGCUGCAAUUGCUGUUAUUCAAGAAUCAACUUCUCCUGACAAACAUAAAGAAAUUGUAUCUAAACAAAAUGAUGAUGGCAGCAUUCAAUUAUAUGACUCAGUAUGCAAUGACCUGGGCGUUACUAAGGAAAAUGUGAUUACUACAAUUAAAAAUAACAUUACUAAUCCAAAACUUCAAUUGCCACAGCUCCAAUCAGUGCUUGAAACUGCCGUUAAUCUCUCGUAUCUAAAAAAUGCAGCGUCUAAAUAUAAAGGCGAUUGGGUAGAUAAAUAUAAUAAGGCUCGUGAUUAUCUUUCUAAACAAAUUGGAGAUUCUGAUGCUGAAAAAGAACUGUUAGAAUGUGCUGAUAAUUAUGUAGUCGAUAAAGCAACGGAUAAAGCGAUUGAGGACUAUUAUAAGGAUAUAAUUGCCCCUAAGACUAAAGCUCCUUUCGUCCCCGAAAUUUAUAGUGAUGCACCCACCAUUAGCGAAGAAGAAGCUCUUUGUACUGCUCAAGAAGCAGCUUCUCCUGACAAGUGUAAGGACAUUGUAUCUAAUCAAAAAGAGGAUGGUUCCAUUGAAUUAGAUGAUACAGUAUGCGAUGAAUUAGAUGUUCCUAAAGAAGAAAUUAUCCCUACGAUCCAAAAGAAUGUCACUCACGAGAAGCUUAAAUCAUCCGAAUUCCCGUCAUUAUUUUCAACUGCUAUUGUUCUUUCCUAUCUUAAAAAGAUCGCACCUAAACAUAAAGACCAUUGGAAAGAACAAUAUGAUAAAGCUUGCGAAUAUAUUUCUAAAAAAGUAGGCGAUGCUGAUGCCGAAAAAGAACUUGAAGAAUGUGCGGAUAAAUAUGUAGUCGAUAAAAUAACUGAAAAAGCAAAUAAAGAUGAACCAAUCGUCAAGCACUAUAAGACAACCCAGACUCUUAUUCUCGAUAAACAUAUAGAGGACAUCAUUUCAGAUGAUAAAGAGCCAGAUCAAAAGGACAAGGAAGCCGCAUUUGUCAUUACUCAAGAGCGUGUAACUCCCGAGGUCUGCGAAGCUAUUACUUCUGCAGCGGAUGAUGACGGUCACAUUGAACUAAACGAGACAGUAUGCAAAGAACUCGAUCUUCCGAAAGAAGAAAUUAUUAAUACAAUUCAGAAGAACGUUACUAAUGAAAAACUCAAGUCACCCGA